AUGGAUUUUGAGAAGGAAGACCUUAAGACUGUACCAAUUUGGGUGCAGUUAAGAUUGAACUUGAAAUACUGGGGAGAAAAGUCAUUGCAUAAGAUUGCUUCACAGAUUGGUGAUCCAAUCAAGAGAGAUGAAGCAACGAGAAAUAAAGACAAGUUGCAGUAUGCUAGAAUCCUAAUUGAAGUUAAGAUUGAGCAGGAAUGGCCUGAUCAUGUUAACUUCUGGAAUGAAUUAGGAGAACUCACUCAUGUACCUAUUGUGUUUGAGUGGAGGCCUACUCAGUGCCAGCAAUGUAAGGGGAUUGGUCACACAACCCAAGGUUGUAAAAGCAAAAAAGUGCAACAAAUGUGGGCUCCUAAACAGGCUCAGAUGGUUACAACAUCUCUAGAGAAGAAAGUUUCACAGAACAAGGUAUCUAGUGAAGUAGUGCUAGUAGUAGCAGAGGAUGAGAAUGUCAAGGAGAUUGUGGACCCUGAUGAUUUUCAAAAGGCUUUGAAACCAAUCAAAGUGAGGAAUUCCAGGAGUGCUACAACAAUCACCCUAAACCACUUUCAGCCUUUGCAUCCAGAUAAUACUGAGAAUGUUAAUGAACAACAGGCAGAUAAAAUUCAAGGAGGGGGAGAACCUCCUUAUCCUGAUGGAUAG